AAUAUUGGGCGUUGGAUUGAAAGUGGUAUAGAAGUAGUGUUAGAUAAAUAAAAUCAGAGUUGUCUUCACGGCCGCUAAUUCUAUUUCUCUGUUUCCUUCACUCCGUUCCCUCUUCACCCCCAGAACCCGCUUCUCGACCCGAUCCGACACCCGCAAAUAAAACCCAUUAGAAUCUACUGUUCCCUAUCGUUUAUAUGGUAUCAAAUAUAUUAUGCAUGUAGGCGAAUUCCAAGGCCUUUGGCUACUUGUAAUUGACAACUAUGCAACCAAAACCAGCUUGUCUUUGAUCUGAUUUCCAAGGUUUGUUUGCAAUGGACAAUCAUAUAUUUGCCAAACAUUAGGUUCAUGUGAUGGAUAUGUCUGAUGCAGUCAUAGUAAAUUCGAGCAGAUUGAAAUCUAUUGUCUGGAAUGACUUCGAUAGGGUUAAAAAGGGUGACACAUUUGUGGCCAUUUGUAGGCAUUGUAAGAAGAAGCUUAGUGGAUCAAGUACUAGUGGAACCUCGCAUCUGAGGAACCAUUUAAUUAGGUGUCAAAGGAGAUCCAAUCAUGGUGUAGCUCAAUACUUUUCUGCUAAAGAUAAGAAAAAGGAAGGUUCUCUUGCCCUUGUAACUAUUGAUCAAGAGCAGAAGAACGAUGAAGUGCUUAGCAUUGUGAAUCUUAGAUAUGAACAGGAGCAGAUUAAAAGUGAGCAUGUUGGCAUUGGUAGUAAUAGCUUGGAUCAAAGGCGGAGCCAGUUUGAUCUUGCCCGCAUGAUCAUAUUGCAUAACUAUCCUUUGGCUAUGGUGGAGCAUGUUGGGUUCAAGAUUUUUGUCAGGAAUCUACAGCCUUUGUUUGAACUUGCGACUCGUAAUAAAGUUGAAGCUGAUUGCAUGGAAAUCUAUGCGAAGGAGAAGCAAAAGGUGUAUGAAAUUUUUGAUAAGUUGCCUGGAAAAAUCAGUGUAUCUGCUGAUGUGUGGACUGCUUCUGAAGAUGAUGCUGCAUACCUGAGUUUGGCAGCACACUAUAUCGAUGAGAAUUGGCAGUUAAAAAAGAAGAAUUUGAAUUUUGUUACUAUUGAUCCUUCUUAUACAGAAGACAUGCAUUCAGAAGUUAUAAUGAAUUGUCUGAUGGAUUGGGAUAUAGAUCGUAAGUUGUUCUCUAUGAUAUUUGAUAGUUUUACCAGUGAUAACAUUGUUGAAAGAAUCAGAGAUCGGCUGUCCCAAAAUAGGUUCCUUUAUUGUAAUGGUCAACUAUUUGAUGUUCGAUGUGCCGUAGAUCUUCUCAAUCGUAUGGCUCAUGAUGCCUUGGAAGCUCUCUGUGAGAUUACCCAGAAAAUACGGGAAAGCAUUCGCUAUGUUAAAAGUUCAGAAGCAACACAAGCUACUUUCAAUGAGCUGGCUGAUGAAGUUCAGGUUGAAACUAAAAAAUGCCUAUGUAUUGACAAUCCAUUGAAAUGGAACUCGACAUAUUUUAUGCUAGAAGCUGCCUUAGAAUACAGGAAAGUUUUCUCCUGUCUACGAGAUCGUGACCCUGUCAACAUGAAGUUUCUACUAUCUGAUCCUGAAUGGGAUAGACUGAUUACCGUUACUAGCUUCUUAAAGCUGUUUGUUGAAGUUACUAAUGUUUUUACAAGAAGCAAGUAUCCAACUGCAAAUAUAUUUUUCCCUGAGAUAUGUGAUAUUCACUUGCAGUUGAUUGAAUGGUGCAAGAAUCCUGAUGAAUAUAUUAGUUCGUUGGCUCUAAAGAUGAGAAGGAAGUUUGAAGAGUACUGCUAUAAGUGCAGUUCGGGUUUGGCAGUUGCAGCUAUGUUAGAUCCUCGAUUCAAAAUGAAGCUCUUGGAGUAUUACUACCCACAGCUAUAUGGUGAUAGUGCCACAGAGCUUAUUGAUGAUGUUUUUGAGUGUAUUAAAUCACUUUACAAUGAACAUUCUAUCGUCUCCCCAUUAGCAUCUUCUAUCGAUCAGGGACUGGAUUGGCAAGCAAGUGGUAUUUCCGGUUCUGGAAAAGAUUCUAGGGAUAGGUUGAUGGGGUUUGACAAGUACCUUCACGAAACUUGUCAAGCUGAGGGCUCUAGUUCUGAUUUAGACAAGUACCUGGAGGAACCACUGUUUCCCCGAAACGUUGAUUUCAACGUAUUGAAUUGGUGGAAGGUUCACACUCCACGGUAUCCUAUUCUAUCUAUGAUGGCACGCAAUAUUCUAGGAAUUCCUAUAUCCAAAGUUGCAGCAGAAUCAAGAUUUGACACCGGAGGAAGGGUGCUUGAUCAUAACUGGAGCUCAUUGCCUCCAACUACAAUUCAAGCCCUCAUGUGUUCGCAAGAUUGGAUAAGGAGUGAACUCGAGAGCUAGUUUCAGAGGAAGAAGAUGAGGUGGGAGGUUAGCACCAAUUUUUGUGUAGCUGCUAUUUUGUCAAUAACUUUUGGUUCUUGCUGGGUUUGAUUUUAAGAAAUUUUAGGGGUUAUUAUUAUAAAACACCAUAUUUAUGCUGCUCUCAGAAUAUGUUGUAAGUGAGUUAGUUGUACAGUGUAUAACUAUUAAAGCCUUACUUUACUCCGCUGUCUGUCUUGAUGCUUGUUUCUACAUCACAGUGAUGCGAAGUUAAGGUAUAAAUAAACAAGAUGCUAAGCUUCUCAAA